UUGGCAAAAAACUCCUUGAAUCUUAGUGAGCACGGUGAAGUCGAAGUAUUCGAAGAUGAGGAUUAUGGGUGCGAGACGGCCGAUGAAAUAGGGGAGUUCGAAAAGACUGAGGAAGUUGCAGUGAAUGCAACAGGAGGCGAAGUGGAGUCCAUCACGUCAACAGAUCUAGAGGAAACUGAGGGUGACAUUCUUUCAAGUGAUACUGAUGAUGAAGCAGAAGAGUCCUCAGAAGAUGACGACGAUUCUAAUGAAGAAAAUGAGGAAGGUGAUGAAUUUGAAGAAGUAGAAGAAGAUGAGGAUGUAAUUCAAACGAUGCCAAUGAGUGGUCUCAAUGGAGUAAAGCGCCGUGCCCAAGAAGAAGCUCAGGGAAGAUGA